AUGUCUGAACAUUCUCGUACUAUAGUUCUAGAAACUUCCAAGAAGGAAUUGGAAGGAGGAGGGGGAGAAGAAGAUAUAGGGUCGUCGAGCACAGCUCGCGACACCGAAGAAGGGUACCAAACGCCGACGUCUGAAGAGCACAGAAUUCCUCCGGUGGAUUUGAGCCACCCGCCUCCACCGCCGAGGAAGCGGAGGAGAAGGGUGACUUGCCACCGGAGAUCAAGAGCUCCAAACGCGGCGGAGGCGGUGGAUGAGAUUAUGAUCAGAAUAAAGGCGGAGUUGGAAUUGUUCUUCCAAUCGUGCGACAAGCAAUCUAGGGUUCAAUCGGAGCCCGGCCCGAUUACCGGUCCCAAGAAGAGACAGACUCAUGACAGAUGA